AUGGAUCGUGCUUUGUUUCAAGAAUGGUUUGAGAAACAAUUUGUGCCCAACGUGAGAGCCUACAAUGAAGAAAAUGGACUGCCUGAUAGAGCGUUGUUACUCAUAGAUAACGCUCCGUCCCAUCCGGAUGACUUAGAGCUGGUUAUUGGUGAUAUAAAAGCCAUUUUUCUACCACCGAACGUUACUUCGAUCAUACAACCAAUGGACCAAGGAGUUCUACAAGCGUUGAAGCAAAAUUAUCGGAAAAAGCUGCCCCGAAGCCUGCUUGAGGAAAAUGAAGACCUCACAAUUCUCCAAAAGCUUAAGAAAAUCACGAUCAAAGAUGUAAUUUUCUGGGUGGCAGAGGCUUGGGAGAACACAAGCGUAGGAGCUCUGCAGAAAUCUUGGAAAAAUCUUUGGCCUGAUCUGCAGUUUGUUGAAGAGGUUGUUCCAUCGGUAAAUGAAUGCGAACUUCUUCCUCUUGUAAAAAAAAUACCGGGAUGCGAAAAUGUAGAGAAGGAGUGUGUUGAUGAGUGGACGGCUGUAGAUGACAAAGGCUUCGAGGAGUACACAGACGAAGACAUCGUGGCACAGGUGCAAGGAGUCCCAGCUGAUGACUCAUGUAGCAGUGAGGAUGAGGGAGACGCCCAAACUACCGAUAUUGUUCCACACAGCGCAGCUGCAAGUGCCUUUGACCUCGCUCUACGCUACGUCGAGCAACAUGCCGCUGCUACUCCCAAUGACGUAAUGUUCAUUCGGCGUUGGCGAAACAUUGCAUCGUCCAGUCGUUUUAGUGUGUUGCGUCAAAAGAAGAUCACUGACUUUAGGUCUUAA